UCAAUUCGCAAAUCACAAAUGACGACCCAGAUCGACUCGCCGGCUUCAAGCGCCACUUCCGUUGACUCGACGACUGUUCAGGCCGAUGAGUCAAAGAAAUAUACUUGCAGCGUUUGGGCUGCCUUUGAUAAGAUGCAGUUGUGUUAUACCGUACUACCUCAGGUCAAGCACUAUUACAGAUAUGGAAGUUGGAGAGACUGCUCUGAAGCGCGAGAGGAAUUCAAUUUCUGUUUGCGAAUGAAGGGAAAGAACCGAAAGGAGGCAGAGCGCUUGAUCCGAGAAAGGGAAGAAACAAAGUAUGAUAAAAAGAUAAAUGAGAGACCGUCACGGGCCGUUUGGGAGCUGCGAACCGAACCUCCACCAAACUUCCCUCCUGCGUGAGGGAAUGUCAUUUGUAAUUAGAUCAUAUUUAUUGGCCACACGUUGGCUACAUCCUGUUUCAUGCGUCUUUAAAAUAUAUUAUGAUGAGUAAGCUACA